AAAAAAUAUUUAUAUUUCCUUUAAGUUUUUGUUUCGGACUCGAUAAUAAAUUGUUGUGAGUGGUCUGGGUAUGUAAUUCGCGCAAGGACGAUCCUUAAACGAAUUCAAAAAAGUGUUUAAUUGAUGUAUCCGUUUUGGAAUUACCGUAAUAAGUUUUUUUUUGUUUGAAUAAAAGACACAGGUGUUAUGUAAGAUGUAGGUACUACUUUAUGGGUAAUACCGAUUGGUAAGUUUUCUUUUGACUUACGCCGGAUUGCGCCGUCUCAGUCAAUUCUUCCACGUCUUUUUCCCCCUUGCAGUAUCUUAUCUUUUCACACAGUUACGUAUAAAAGUUGAGUGAUGCGCGAAAAAUGCCAUUUUCAUUAAGAAGGCCGCGAAAGAUAACAAGUGACUGACUAUAUAAGCAAUUAACUAAGUUCUAGUUGAGUUGGAUUAUUGAACUUUUUGCGACCGAUUUUUCUUAUUUUCAUUUUGUUUUUAACUGUUCGAAGUGAGGGUGGUGACAAUCCUACACACAUACAUAUAUAUAUACAUAUAUAUAUAAAACAUUUCCGCAUAGUGUUUCCGGUAUAUUCGCGCUACGCCGUCCGUCAAGGAAAAUCGCAAAGAAAAUGGACAAACGCGUCUUCAAAGUUUUUGUUUUUAUUGUUGUCCUCGCCAUGCUACAAAUAGUAGAUGCUAGGCCAUCGAGGAUAAAAAGGGUAUCAUCUGAUGCCAGAUUGGCCGAACUAGAAACGAUAAUAGGAUUAAGGAAUCUUGCGGGAAAAUUAGUUACUGUGCCCCUUGGAAUGGGUAAAGUUGACCCUCAAUAUAUUGGUAGAAAAAGACGUUCACAGCCUAGGUUUCUGGAUGUUCUUUUCAAUCAAUCUGUAGAAGACGAUGAUGGCGAUCCGGUCGAAAAAGAGGACGACUAUUACAAUCGCUAAUAACUACAAUAAACUAAUGUGGCAGACACAAAAAAAAAUAGUCGAUGGUAUUUAGAUUGCUUAAAACAUCCAGAUUAAAGAAGUUGAAAAUAUAAAAUCGAAUUAAUAAUUUACAGCGAAACUUUCGUUGGUAAUAAUUAAUUGACGUAUAUAUUUAUUUAUUAUUAUUUAUUUGCCUUUUUAUUUAUUUAUUUCUUGAUUGUAUUAAUGUAUUUAUUUAAUGGAGUCAGUAGGGAGAGAGUUCUUAACAUGUGAUAAAAAAAAUUUGUUUCUACCUAUUAACAUUUGUAUAUUUACAUUUAAAAUCAAAAAGAAUAUUGCUUAGGUAAGAGACAAAUUUAAUGUUUUAUGUUCAGUUUCUUCUGUUUUUCAAUUUAUUAUUACGAUAGUACAGUACGGUCCAAAAAUAAUUGCCACUAUUGUUCAAUUUGGAAAAAGUUGUUCCUUUUUUUAUUUGUAGAAUAUCUUAUAGUUCCUAAUCGUUCUUUGUUAGAUUGUUUAUUUAAAAAUUUGACCUUAUCGACCUUCUGUGCAUGUGAUCACGUGAAAGAUAUGCUCUAAUCAUUAUCUUUCGUUUUUGGUUUUACCAUAUGCGACUUUAAAAAAAAAUUGAGAAAGAAGGAACGGGUUAAAUCUGACCCUACCUAAGAUACCACCGGGUUAAAUUUAUCGCGUUUUUUUUAAGCAAUCUAACAGUAAUAUAAUGCAGUAUUCGUUCCCUAAUAACAUAAAUAAUAUGCUACUUAAUAUAAAAAUUAAUAUUUGUUCCAAAAAUGCAUUUA